CAGUGGCAUGGUAUCUGAAGGCAGGUUGUGUGACCUUGUCACCUUUUCUGUCUGUGCAGACGCGGCAGGUACUUGAGGAGCUGACAGAGUUGCCGGUGAUGGUGGAACUAGCCAGUGACUUCCUGGAUAGAAACACACCAGUCUUUCGAGAUGAUGUUUGCUUUUUCAUUAGUCAGUCAGGUGAGACAGCAGAUACCCUGAUGGGGCUCCGUUAUUGUAAGGAGAGAGGUGCUUUGACUGUGGGGAUCACAAAUACAGUCGGCAGCUCUAUAUCAAGGGAGACAGAUUGUGGAGUUCACAUUAAUGCUGGUCCUGAGAUUGGUGUGGCCAGUACAAAGGUAAACUCUUAACUUCUCCUUCAGAUGAUUAUUUAGCUAGUGUUGGUGAAACACACUAGGCUAUACACC